UAUCAGUUGUCAAGUGCCAACCUUAUGUCAAUGUGAAGUAAAAAUGUUUGCCAUUUAAACAAUAAACAUAAACGAUUUGUUAAAACUUUUAAUCGCGUCUCUAUUUGUACGGUGAUAAAUCGUUUAUUCAACUCACAAUUAACCAUAAGAUGUCAUGAAUUUACAAUUAAACGAUAUUUUUACUGGACAACAACCGUCCCGACAGUGGACACCGUUAAUUAGCCAACAGUUGAGACUUCGACACUUGUAUCGAGUUACCGCUUAUAAUGUUAUCACCGAUAGCGAUGGAGACUUUUAUUAUACUUUACAUCAAACAUCUAUGAGUGCACCUUUUUAUACUAGUGAAAAAGUAUCUAGUUGUAAUCCAAGAUGGGCUGAAAUACGAUUACCAUUUAUCGCUAAUUCUGCUGUAAAAGCUUGUGUAUUGAGAAUAUGGCAAACUUCAAAAUCAGAGUCGGAUAAAAUUGUAUUAGCAUGGGGAAUAAAUUUCUCUGGUUUAGUAUAUUUAGGAAAUAAGUUGGCGGAUGUGCAACCGUCUUCAUUUAAGGAUAACACUGUGAUAUUACACUUACAUAGCGGAUAUUUUACGAGUUCCGCGAGUUUACGGACCGAUUUGCAAACAUUCGUUCCAUUUAUAGACCAUUUGAACAUUGUUAGUACAGAAGAUAAUACAAAAGUAUACAGAACUGUAUCAAUUCGAAUUCCAUCUAGAGAUAUUAAAAAAAGUUAUAAUGUAGAAAAAUUGCGAAGGCUUCAAUCAUUACAACUUACAUUAAAAAAUAAAAAUUUGGAGUUGGAUCAUUUACGAAAUAGAAUAAGUAAACUCGCUGGAUAUGAUGAGGAUAAUACGGUUGAUUCUGAUAGUCCAAUUAUGGGUCAAGAUUCGGGUAUUAGAUAUGAACCACAACCGCUAACAAUGAAUUCAUUAAAUAAAUUAUUACACGAAAAACCGACGAAAUUCCAAAAAUCUGAAAUUAUUAGGAUAUCCAAAGAGGUUGAAGCUUCAAGAUUGAAAAUAAAGCUUUUAUCACAACAAAAAGAUAAGCAGGUAGCUCGUGUUAGACAACUGAAAGAAACUCAUAUAAAAGUUUAUGAAAAAAAUCAAGAAACAGAAUCAACCUUAAUGGAAAGUUAUCGUCAAUUGAGUAAAGAGGUAGAACGUUUGAGAAAUUCUAAAAGGGAACAAAUCCAUCUUCGUGAGAUUUUAUUAGAGGAUAAUGGACAACUUUAUCGAAGAAGGAAGCAGCUACUUAACCAAUUAUUAGAUUUGUAUCCAAUUGAAACCAAUAGUGAUCAAAAAUAUAAUAUAAAUAACGUUUAUUUACCAAAUUCAGAAUUAUUAAAUGAUUGUUCUCAAGAUGAUGUCGCCGUAGCUUUAGGAUUUGUAGCCCACAUAUUAGUGAUGUGUUCUAAUUUUCUACAAGUACCAUUAAGGUAUCCAAUAAUACAUAUGGGUUCAAGAUCAAUAAUAAUAGACCAUAUUUCACCUUGCAUAGCAGAUUGUCGGCAGCAAUACCCUCUUUACUUACGUGGAAAAGAUCGGUAUCAAUUUAAUUACGCUGUAUGCCUACUAAAUAAAAAUAUAGCCCAAUUGCGAUGGAUUUGCGGUUUACAUACACAAAAUUUAAAAGCAACGUUACCAAAUUUAUUAACAUUUCUAUUACAAACAGCCGAAUUCACCCGCCCGAAACCGAUUGAAAAAGAUACUACGAAAAGUGACGGUGAAAACAAUGGGAAACAUGAUGAUAAGGACUCAGUUGAUGGUAGUAAAAAAUAUGGUUCCAUUUAUAGUUCGACAAAUAGCAUUCCAUUUAGUUACGUUUCCGCGCAAAACGCUUCCGAUCCAAUUUUGGAGUCAUUGAAAUUAGAAUAUCAAGAGGAGAAACCAUUUGUAUCGACGUUUAAACCUUCUGAACGACCGGCGCCUGUGAAAGUUGUUCAACACGAAUCUAGUCUUAGUCAAGUUUUAGCUAUUCCGGAAGCUUUUCUUACUCAACAAAUCAGUCCGAAUUCAUUUAAAAGUUAUAUGAAUAAACGAACGAUAAAUGAAGAUAUAAAGAUUGUUGACUCGACGAGAAUAUUAAACUGUGAUAUCGUUGAUGGAUUAACAACAAGAACGAGUCCCAUAGAACAAGGUGUUGAUUUAACAGAUCCUGUUGUUUGCGAACAAUUAAAAAUUGUCGCAGAUGACGGUAAACAGCGAAUUAAAUCAUCUGAACAAAAUAUUUUUCUUGCCAGUAGACGUUUAAGUAGAUCAGUUGGAUCGUACGAUGAAGAAAAAGAAAGCGAUAAAGAAUUGAGUUGUAGCGCAACUGGAUCAGAUUCAAUUUUAACUACAGCUAAAAUGUUACCAUCACCGGUUAUUGUUAAUAAUAAUCAAGCGGUAGAACAGGGAAGUCGAGUUCAAGAAUGGCUAAUAAAUGCACCAUUAGAAUCAACAAGAGAUAUGGAUAAAGGUGAAAAUAUAUUAACAGAAAGAGCUGAUGCGUUGCUUAAUACUACAUCAUUUCAUUUGGUAAAACCAAAAUAGAAACAUUUUUAUUGAAUUUCAUCUCGAAUAUUAAAACAUUUAAAUAGUUUAAUAUUUUUUUACAAAGGCAAAUGUAGUAUUUGUUCGAAAUUAUGCUGAUUAUUAACUAAAUGAUGUAUAUUAAUUUAUUUAUCAACAGAAAAGAAAUUCAUUAUUGUUACCAUUUUAUUUAAAUACGUAGUAAAAGUAUUGCAUAUUGUUAUAAAAAGCAGUAAUUAAACAUCUUUUAGAUUUUUUUUUGAAGAUAUGCUGUAUAAUGUAAAUAGAUGACUUAUAUUAUUGUAAUUGAAAGGUAAAAUCGAUUCAAAUGGGUCUUUUUUUUAGUUGAAUAGUUUGAUGUAUUUAUUUAUAAUGACUUAAUAAAAUAAAUAAAUAAUGUUAAACAUUA